AUGGAUUACCAAAAGUUCCUCAGCACUCGCAGCAAGGCUCGCAACCCCUCGGCCAUUCGUGCCCUUAUGCCAUACAUGAAUAACAAGGACAUGUUAUCGCUUGGUGCUGGUCAACCUAAUCCUGACACUUUUCCUUAUGCAAGCAUGUCGGUAACUCUCAAGUCGGGUGAGACUUUGGAAUUCGAUGGCGACCUCUUUAGACGCAGCUUGUCUUAUGAUCUUACGUCUGGUCUUCCCCCGCUCAAUCAAUGGCUCCGUGAGCUUCAAAUCAAGGAACAUGCACCACCUUGCAGUGAAUUUGAUUUGACAGUGGGUCCUGGUUCUCAAGAUCUUUUGACCAAGGCCUUGGAAAUGUUUGCCGAACCUGGUCAUGCACUCCUUGUGGAAGGUCCUACUUACACUGGUGCAUUGUCAUUCCUCGAAACUCAGCCCAUUGACCUUGUUCCUGUGGCUACCGAUGCUGAGGGCAUUGUUCCCGAAUCCUUGGAUCAAAUUCUUGCUGAUUGGCCAAAUUCGAAUCCUAGUGGUAAGAAAGAUCAACCACGCCCUCAAGCUCUUUACACUGUUCCCGUGGGUGGUAAUCCUACUGGUGUCAGCUCAUCGCUUGAGCGAAAGAAGAAAACCUAUGCUAUUGCUCAAAAAUACGACCUCAUCAUUGUUGAGGAUGACCCAUACUACUAUCUUCAAUUUGAUGAGAAGCGUACUCCUUCGUACCUUUCCAUGGAUGUUGAUGGCCGUGUCUUGCGUUUGGAUAGUAUGAGCAAGAUCUUGUCGUCGGGUAUUCGUAUUGGUUGGGCUACUGGUCCUAAGCCUUUGAUCGAACGCAUGAACAUGCACACAAUGGUUACCAAUCUUCAACCUGCUGGUGUUCCUCAAUUGAUGGCCUAUGGCUUGUUGGAAAAGUGGGGACAUGAUGGCUUUUUGGAACACACACGCAAGGUCGCCAACUUUUAUCGUGAGAAGCGUGACCUUUUCGUUGAAUGUCUUGAUCGCCAUCUUAAAGGUUUGGCUGAAUGGGUUGUUCCUGACUCUGGCAUGUUCGUUUGGAUUCGUCUUUUGUGUGGUAUCGAUGACUCGUAUAAUCUCAUCUUGCAAAAGGCUGUCAAGAAGAAUGUGCUUGCUGUCCCUGGUGUGGCCUUCAUGCCAUUGGGUAACAAGACCCCGUAUGUGCGUGUAUCAUUCAGCUGUGUCACCUAUGAACAAAUGGAUGAAGCUCUUCGUCGCUUGUCCCUCGUGAUCCGUGAGGCUGCUGAUGAGCAAUCGACCACCGCCCAGUAA